UUUGAAUACUCCUAUAUCGUGUUGUUGUUUCUGCUUCAUUCUAGAUUUUUCGACGGCGUGAUACACCCGGUGAGUAUGUUUCGUGCUGUCUCUUCACUUCGUCGUAAUUUGGCACCAGUCAGUCAGAGAUUGACGCAGAGAUAUUAUGCAAAAGAGGUUAAGUUCGGUGCCGAUGCGAGGUCGGCAAUGUUGGUCGGUGUUGAUAUACUUGCGGACGCUGUUGCAGUUACAAUGGGUCCUAAAGGCCGAAAUGUGAUAAUUGAAAGUUCUUGGAAGUCUCCUAAGAUAACUAAAGAUGGUGUGACAGUGGCUAAAGGCAUUGAAUUAAAAGAUAAGUUCCAGAAUAUCGGGGCCAAGCUAGUCCAGGAUGUCGCUAACAACACAAAUGAGGAGGCCGGUGAUGGUACUACGACCGCUACGGUGUUGGCUCGAGCAAUUGCCAAAGAGGGUUUCGAGAAGAUCAGUAAGGGAACUAACCCCAUAGAGUUCCGGAGAGGUGUGAUGUCUGCUGUUGAUGCGGUAGUCAAAGAGCUUAAGUCAUUAUCAAAGGAGAUUUCAACGCCCGAAGAGAUCGCACAGGUUGCAACAAUAUCGGCUAAUGGUGACACAGCGAUUGGUGAUCUGAUUGCCUCUGCCAUGAAAAAGGUCGGGAAUGAUGGCACUAUAACCGUCAAGGAUGGCAAAACUCUGGAAGAUGAGUUGGAGUUCAUUGAGGGGAUGAAAUUUGAUCGCGGUUAUAUCUCUCCUUACUUUAUAAAUACUGAGAAAGGAGCGCGGUGUGAGUUCCAGGACGCAUUCGUGUUGUUCUCAGAAAAGAAAAUCAAUAAUAUCCAAACAUUAAUUCCUGCCCUUGAACUGUGCCAUCAGCAGAAACGGCCACUGUUGAUCAUCGCUGAGGAUGUUGAAGGUGAAGCACUCACAGCCUUGGUGCUUAACAGACUGAAGCUGGGCUUGCAAGUUUGUGCAGUUAAAGCUCCAGGCUUUGGAGACAACAGAAAAAACACCUUGAAGGAUAUGGCCAUAGCCACCGGUGGAAUGGUUUUUGGAGAUGAGGCUGAUAUGUACAAAUUGGAAGACGUUCAGCUGCAAGACUUGGGUCGUGUUUCCGAAGCCAUCGUUACUAAAGAAGAUUGUUUGUUGAUGCGUGGUCGAGGAGACAAAGGGAACAUCGACAGGCGCAUAGCGCAAAUUAAGGAUGACAUGGAGUCUUCUAAUAGUGAAUACGAAAAAGAAAAGAUGCAUGAACGCUUGGCCAAGUUGUCUAAUGGUGUGGCCGUCAUCAAAGUUGGGGGAAGCAGUGAGGUUGAAGUAAGCGAGAAAAAAGACAGGUACACCGAUGCACUCAACGCAACCCGAGCAGCAGUUGAAGAAGGAAUAGUACCUGGUGGUGGAACUGCGCUUCUCCGUUGCAUUCCAGCUCUCCAAAAUUUGAAAACCAAAAAUGAAGAUCAGCGUAUAGGUGUGCAGAUCGUCAUGCGUGCACUAUCGACACCGUGCUACACGAUUGCUCACAACGCUGGCGUGAAUGCAUCUGUGGUUGUAGAGAAGGUUAUGGGGAUGAGUAGAAAUGGUGGCUACGAUGCACAGAAUGAUGUAUAUGUGGACAUGAUUGAGGCUGGAAUCAUUGACCCAACCAAAGUGAGUUCAAGUCUGUCUUUGGGUUUGCGCUUUGUUUUCUUAGAUUUCAUGCCAUAACGUGUUUGUUCAUUAAUGUUUUCUAGGUUGUUCGAACUGCUCUUGUGGAUGCCGCUGGUGUUGCUUCCUUACUCACAACAGCGGAGACCGUGGUGACCGAUUUACCAAAAGAAGAGACAGGUGCAAACGCUGCGGGCAUGGGCGGAAUGGGAGGUAUGGGUGGUAUGGGAGGCAUGAUGUAGUCGCUGUCAUAUAUAAACAUUGCAUUUUACUGCUACAGUCAACGUUUUUGUGAUGUAGUUGAGUAAUUCGUAGGUUCUCCAUCUGUUCAAAGUCCCUGAUUUUCCCUAAAUAUAUCACUGAUUUCUCACUGACCGCUUCCUUUUAUCCGUCCUGCUGCAUUAAAGUCCGUCAUUCAUCGUCCUCAUUCUCAGUGUCUACUAUUGUUCGCACUGAUCUGUUGUCUGUGGAAAUCAUGAGUUAGUUUGGCUUUUAAGGGGUGCACUCGUGAGUAGGUUAACACAUGUGGGAGGUACUCGUGCUUUGCUUUUUGUUGGUCUUCUGUCGACGAAACGUGACACAUGUAGCAAGGAUGCCGGCUGGGUUCUGGUUCACUUGCUGUCGGUGAUUGUCAAGCGGGAAAGAAUGGCACUGUAUUUACUUUAAUGGCGUCUUUUUGUGACUUGGUUUGACUCGGAGUGUGCUUGAUGGUGCUAUGUCAGAGGUUGUAGCGACGUGAUCCUUGGUGUUUCGGCUCAUGCACUGUUUUAUGCCUUCUGCUUAGGACUUUCACUCUAAACAUGUGGGAUCCUGUUUCAUAAGCAAGGUCUGCGUAUUGUAAAUCUAGGUUUUUGUCUAGAAAUCCAGUUUGCACAUCGCGGCGUCUCACAUCCGCACUCUCCCGAUUCGCAUUUGUCCAUCGUUUUAAUCUUUUCGGUCAGUAGGCCUUCAAGAAUUACGUGCGCCCUCCGAUAUAUUCAACUUUCCAGCCGACAUGAAGCCUGAGACUUGGUACUUUAUUUCCAGUAUGGUAUGAGCCCGUUAUGCUUGCACUACUGAAUCACUUCGCCGGAAACUUAGGAAGUAUGCAUCGUUGUUACUGCUUAUCCAUGUCAUGCCAAUAGGGACUGCAAAGUUCUGUGUUGACUUUUCAGUGUCGACCGAUGUUUUCUCAGAUGAGAAAUGUUACAGGACUUAGAUGUAGCGACGCCAUAUAGGUUGAAAGUGUUAAGCCCAUUUCUGAAUAGUUGACAGGGCUGCAUCUAAUUUAGGAUCCCUGGGGGGAAAAAUAAAUAACGUUUGACAGGCGAAGAAAAUCAAAGCAGGACGUUGUACGCAAGCAUAUCGGUUACAGUCGCCGAACGUGACAAUAGCAUGCUAACAAGUGGACAGGAAAAGGGUUAUAUUAAGGUGAUGACGUAGAGCUGAAGAUAAAUGCUGGUGCCAAUAUUGAGGCUUUAGAAGAUGUAAGGGAGAGAAUACAUCGGUGCCUUCGUAACCAUUUCUCAGCCAUGUCACCAUAGGUCCUCAACUACUGAUUCAUAUCUCAUGUACUCUACCUGUAUAUUCGACACUUCCGUAUGAGGCACAGACUAACAGUCAGGGACUUCAUGGGCUAUCCACAUCUUGGUUUUGCCACCCUAGACCUAAAAACCCAUUCCAACUUCACCUAGCAUGGCACCGCGGGGUAGGCCUUGAGUGAACACGCUCAGUGCUUGUCCAGUCGAGCAGCUCUGCUCUAAAUCUAUGUUUAGACCAGUGAACCCAAGCGAGCUAGCUACUGGGUGUCCAGGUACUCGUGAAGUGAGUUUUGAGAAUUCACCACUAAGGUCAAGUAAGGACCACUUCUCUGCUGCUGUGUACGUAUACCAGAGGCGGCCUGCAUCCGUUGCCAGAGUUUUGGCUGACCGUGCUUGCUGUCUGUUUUUUUGCCUUUGAUUAUGAAUCCCGGUGGCAGCGUGUCACGAGAUUGUGGGAUGAGUUGAUUUUUCGUCUGACCUACAGCCCUCUACUGUUGGUAGGGCAGUAAUGGCGCGACACUGCUGGUCAUCCAAAAGAAACACCUUGCCACUGCUACAACUCACCCAGCUAACAGAAGUACGACUUCACCCUCAGACUUCCGUCAUAGCGUAGCAGUUAGCACUGUAAUGGCAACUGCCUUAUGUCUGAUUACUAUCCAACAGACAUUUCUGGGAUGGUAGGAUCUCGAGGGAACAAGCGUCUCGACCAGCGUAGGUCUUUGAGACAUUGUUGUAUGCAACAUCGACCACCAAGUCAGUGUUUCAGAUAUCGGUCGGGAUUGAUAUUUGGAGACUACAAGAGGUGAAGUUCGGGUGUACGCACAUUUCAUUUUUUCAAGCGAGAACUUGGGGUGCGAUGGGAGCGCCUGUUUUUGUCAUUUCUCCCGCAGUGUAAUUCCACCUCAGGGUUGUGUUAGUAUAAUCUUAGUAUGCUGUGAUUUGCAGCCUACUAUAAGGGGUUCCCGGUCAUUUGGUUCUUGAUAUCUAUGAGUAUAGUAUAGGACGCAUCAGGGAGUGCUCUAUGGAUUUUAAAUGGACGGCGUUGACGUGAUUCUGCAGUUAUUCAUUUUGGUGAGAUGGCCAGAAAUCUCUUUCCUAUUUCUGUUAAAUGUUUCACAGUUAACGUCAGUAUACUUGUUGCGAAAGCUCAACCGUGUCAUCAUUAUUCUUGUAGCAUUGCUCGCAGUCGUUUCCUUUAAGGGAUGAGUUACACUGAAGGUACAACAUACUCUUUAACGUAGUGUUGAUCCUUUUUCAGUAAAUGGGAUAAUUUUGAAACAUUGGUUACCGUCUUCUGAACAACUAUUCCCUUUCUGUCUCAAUAUUUGGUAGUUAAGACUGAUUGGCGAAAGUAUAGAAGUUGUCAGCCCAUAAGGUUAUCUGGUUUCGAUUGACAUCUGCUUGUGCAUCAUAAUUUCCAUACCGUUCACCUGCCUUUGGCAUAUUUAGAAGAGUUGAUUAGUUUAUGAAGUAUCGCUGUGGAGUGAGAGAUAUCUGUAUUGGCUUAGCAUCUGUUUAUGCUUCACAACUUCUAGGAUGGUGAUCGGGAGACCUACAGAAUCACUGAUUUCAGUAGAUAGUAUGCAUCGCUCGGUUAUGCCGUGGUUUUCUUAUUUAUUCUGUGACUGAAAAGUCAAAUGAAAGAAGUGGAAACUUCUUUCAAUGUAUCUUGUAAAGUGCUUCUCUGAUAACUCAUAUUGGUUUCCAUUUCUUCUUUUUGCAACACUAUGGUCUCCGUUGUGGUGCUAUAUUAUUUUGUAUGGCACUUCUCUUGAUGCCUACCUAUCAAAUCUGUGUUUUUAUUCAAAAUAUAGUGAUUUUUGCUAAGAUGUCG